GACUAGCAUGUCUUGUUUGUCUACUGGGUGUGGUGUUCCACCUGAACACUGCGGAAGGAUACAGUGGAGGAGCACCGAUUGACGCAUGUACUGGUAUGACUCCGCGUCAUGGACUCAGUCAGAGAAGUUCAGAGAGGUCGCCUUUCGUAAUACUUGUCUCAAAGGACAAUUUCGGCCCGAAUGAAAGCAUCAUGGUGAUGCUGCGAGGACUCUGUAAGAACACAUUCCGCGGGUUCCUGGUAGAAGCCAGGCGGGCUGACCCACGCUUCAACCAGACGGAGCUUGUCGGCACCUUUACAGCUGUGCAAGGAUCCAGAUACGAGUGUGGGAGGGAAGCGGGUCUGACCCACAUCACCAACGACGACAAGUCCUCCCUCCUCUUCAACUGGACAUCACCGGCCCAGCCCAUUGGACACAUAGUCAUCACCGCGACGUUCGUACAGCGAUUCAGCACCUUCUGGGUUGGCGUCAACUCCGCCGUCGUCACCGACAACAUGGCUGGCAUCCCUCUCAACAUCAACCCAAGCCAGCUGGUAACCCCUUACAUCACGCCCUGUCCCGAGGAUCUCCCCCAGACCAGCACAACGUCCAGCACUACGACAACCACCACCACGACUACAACUACAACUACACCUCGUACGACGACUACCACAACGACGACGACGACGACGACAACUACCAGACCACAAGUCCGUGUAACCACCCCAUGGGUGACCACACCUAGACGGGUUCUACCAGCCCCAGCCCCGACCACACCCUCAUCAGUACGAAUAGCGACUCCACCACCGACACCUACCCGCACUGCCGUUGGAUUGGACGACAAGGGAGGCAAGUGCGGGACCACGCGAGGGUGCUUCAACCAGUGUGUUGACAAGGACUGUACAUUCAACGUGCAGUGGCGAGACAUGGGGGACCGAGUCUGGUUCAGCAUGUCGGUCAAGGUGCUGCCGGACACGCCCGACCAGUGGGUAGCACUUGGAAUGUCGCAUGAUACGAAGAUGGGCGACGACAGCGUUGUUGAAUGUCUGAGUCAGGGCGGCAGACGCAGCAUGAGCGUCUCCUACAACUACCACAGGUCUAACAAGAGGAUGAACCCGAUGAACCCCAUCAUCUUCCCCAUCUCCGACACCUUGGCGGACGGUGUUCUCACGUGCGAGUUCGUACGGACCAAGAUGGUGCCCGGAAACGAUAAGAUAUAUAACUUGGACAAGGCCUGGUUUAUGCUGCUCGCUCAAGGCCCCAUUGUUGCUGGCCGCAUGGAGCGUCACACCAACCUGCCGUGGGUGUCGAGGUAUCGGGUCGACCUGAAGACUACUGCGCAGAUGCAGGUGGCUUACGGAGACAGAAUCUUUAUCAAGGUUCAUGCCUGUGCGAUGACCUUUGCCUGGAUGUUCUUGGCCAGCAUUGCUAUUGUCGUCGCCCGCUUCUACAAACCGAUGUGGCCCCAGGCCCGGGUGUGCGGCCGCAAGCUGUGGUUCACGAUACACCGGAUGUGCACGAUGUUGCUGGCGUUGUUGGUGGUCGGGGCUUUUGUUGUCAUCUUUCUGGAGGUCAAAGGUCUCAGUGACAUCAGUUUCCUAGAUUUUAGAAAGAUCCACCCAAUACUCGGCAUGAUCGUCACAGGCCUCACAAUAAUACAGGCGGCGAUGGGAAUUUUCCGUCCCAAGUCUACCUCCAGCAAUAGGCCAGUGUUCAACUGGGCCCACUGGUGUGUCGGAAUCAUCGACCACAUCCUAGCAGUAAUGAACAUCAUCCUUGGCGUGGGUUUGAAGAAGGCCGGCGUGCACGAGUACGUCUCCUACAUCCUCUACUGUUUCGCCGUAUACCAGGUGUUCAUUGUCCUCAUCCUGGAGGUGGUCUCCUGUAACUCCAGAAUCAAAGAGCGCAAGCAACAGAGCUACUCUAUCUACGCCAACAGGAACACAAGGUAUUCCAGUACAAAGGAUAUAGACAGGGAUGACACAGAGCCACCGGGAGGUUUCACUCGCCGCGUUAUACUGAGGAUCCAUGUCCUGGUCAUCACAGCGUUCACAGGCGGCGUCAUCGCCAUCAUCGCCAUCAGCUGAGGCGAUCUGCAGCGCAACUUGGCAUAAUGAGACCAUUCGGAAGAACUGUGUACAGUUUUCAACAGACACAAAUUUCGGGAUUGAAAAUGAUAUAUUUCCCUUGAUGAUUAUUUUUCAUUGCAAGUACUGAAACUUGAUUUAGUGACCUGUUAAUUUUUACCUUUGUUUAAACCUCCGUUACAUAUAUACUGUCUCACAACUUGCAAGAUUUCCUGUAACAUGUAAGAACAAGAUCAACGCAGGACGAUUUUGUUCGAUAAUCAACUAUAUGUUAUACACAUUGUAUAUCCUAAAGAAUUAAAAAAAAAGGUUUAAGAAUCACCCGAUUCAGCACAAAUAUGAAACGUGCAAUUAUAAUGAAUCUGAAUAAUUUAAUGACGUCACAUCGUAAUAGCACGUGGACCUCGUGCGAGCUGCCAGCACGUGACACGCUAUCAAAGCGAUAUGACAUAUGUAUCGGCACGAAACACACAUGAACAUCAAACGCAGGUGCUCUGUGCGUGCCGGGCGCCACGGCAUACACGGAGUUAACUACAAUAGGAACAAUAAUUGUCUGUUGUCCAGAAGAGCAAUGUCAUGUCAUAUCGACUGGUCCUUCCUGCUAAGUGACAACCGAAUCAUACCAGAAACUAAGUAUAUUCAGGAUGCACUUAACACGAUGUCAAGCACGACCACGUUACUCUUCUUUAAGUGGCAUUUAGAAGUUGGUGUGAUGAAGUAAGACAAGUUCUAUGGAUGAACAACUUCUUUUUUACAAUUA